UGUGUUCAUCUCAGGCUGCUCUCAGCUCCAUAUCACAGCCACAGCUCACAGUCAGCAUGUUUUCAUGUUGGAGAAACUUUAAUAUAAGUCGCAGAGUUACUUCCGGUGCAGCGGACUUGUUCUCUCUGCGGACACGUCAAACUGCGUGUGUGUGCAGCGACAGACGAGCUGUGUGCAUUAAUCCCAACAGACAGAGUUCAGGGAAACGGUACAAUGUGCCACCGAGCGCAGAGUUUGUCGCCAGGGUGUCGGGGAUCCCCACCAUGGCCAAGUUACCUUUCCAGGACACAGCCGAGGGGCUCGAUGCGGCGUUUGUCGGAGUACCGAUUGAUACCGGGACCUCCAACCGACCCGGAGCAAGGUUUGGUCCGAGGCAGAUCAGGGUAGAAUCUGCCAUGCUGAGAUCUUAUAACAGCGGCACCAGGGCGGCGCCUUAUGAGUCCCUCAUGGUGGCUGAUAUUGGGGACGUCAAUGUGAAUGUGUAUGACCUGAAGGACACCUGCAAACGCAUCAGAGAGGCCUACAGGAAGAUCCUGGCUACUGGCUGCAUUCCUCUGACUAUGGGUGGCGAUCACACUAUUGCAUAUCCCAUCCUGCAAGCUGUUGCUGAGAAGUAUGGCCCAGUGGGUCUGGUCCAUGUGGAUGCUCAUGCUGACACCAGUGAUGUGGUCCUGGGGGAGAAGAUUGGACACGGGACUCCGUUCAGACGCUGUGUGGAGGAGGGGCUGCUGGACUGCAAGAGAGUGGUUCAGAUCGGCCUGCGUGGUACAGGCUACUCUGCAGAUUCAUACGAGUGGAGCCGGGCGCAGGGUUUCCGUGUGGUACAAGCGGAGGAGUGUUGGUUCAAAUCUCUCGCUCCUCUGAUGGCUGAGGUCCGAGCUCAGAUGGGAAAAGGUCCAGUGUAUCUCAGCUUUGACAUCGAUGCUCUUGACCCGGGUUUCGCACCUGGAACAGGCACACCAGAGAUAGCAGGCCUCACUCCUAUACAGGGAGUUGAGAUUAUUCGAGGCUGCCGUGGUCUGAACCUUGUUGGAUGUGAUCUGGUGGAGGUUUCUCCACCCUACGACACCACAGGGAACACUGCACUGACUGGUGCCAACCUCCUUUUUGAAAUGUUGUGCGUCCUCCCAAAAAUUAAAUACUACUGAUCAGUACAGACCACACAGAGCAAAUUGAACAGGUAGUUUGUUAAUAAUGAAUGUAGACACCACAUGAGCCUCUUCUGCCAAAUAAACCAGCAAGAAAGACAAAUCACCCAGCAAUUACAAUUUAAACUUUUAAUCAGUAAACAUAUUACAUUUUAUUACAGCUGUUAAGAACAUAAAUCCACUAUUGAUGAUAAGUUGAAACACUCGACUGUAGCAGACAUCACGUGCACUAACUUGUAAAAAGAUUUUUGAUAAAUCCAUGUAUAAUAUUCUUCUGAUCUUUUAAGUUGCCUUUUAAUAAAUGAUCUCAGGUCCUAUACUGUAGAUGACAUGAUUAUCUCAUGUACAACCCAAAGUGCCAAAAAAUACAGUGUUAAUGACAUUUUUACACUUCAUGUUGACAAAUCAGUGAAUAAAUCAAGCACAUACGAAGUUUUACUUUUAUGUGUCAUGUCAUAUAUUUCUAUAUCAUACGAUGCUAUUUGGAAAGAACUUGUUACAUGCUAUCAAUGCAUGGUUGAGUGUUUCUGCAGCAGUGACAGUGAGGGUCAGAGGGGGGCAAGGUUUUGAAGGCUGCUUUGGUGAUGUGGUUGACAUAGGACAGGAACAAGAGGGUGGUGUCACGGAUAACUCCAAGGUUGUGGCUUUGGAUCUAGAAGGGGAUAUGAUGUGCAACAAAAGUUCCACAGCUGGAACUGAACCGGUACUUAAAGUGUGUUUUUCUCAAACCUGACAUGUUUGCAAGUCACUUGCGGUCCAUUCAGAAUGGACAUGUGACCCAUCAGUAGGGAACCACUGACCUAAUGGAUCUGGCCUGUGUCCCAUCUGUGUCACUGUUCGGCAUACAUGGUGCUUUUGCCAAUGGGACUCAGAGGCAAACCCGAAAAUGUCUUUGGUAUUGUUCAAGUCAAAUUAAAGAAGAACCUGGUCCCUAAAACAACACAUCUCUUUAUUAUGUGCGACCAGCAGGAUGCAAUAUGUGAGUGGAGGGUAUAUUGGGUGUCCCCCAGGGGUCAGUACUGGGUCCACUUUUAUUCAUCAUCUACCUCAUUCCCCUGGGCACAAUCCUCUGUCACCAUAGUAUUAAUUUCCAUUGCUAUGCAGAUGACACACGGGUCUACAUGAAUACUAACUGCCUAACUUAAAACACCUCAUGUGAUGUGUUUAACUGUUGCAUCACCUGGGAAUUUUCUAUGACUUAUCAGGUAUGAACAGAUGUUAAAAACAAGCUCAGGUCUCUUCUGUCCAUUGUCUGUUAUUGUCCGAUAGCACAGAGCUUAUCAAAGACAUGACAUGGAAAAAUGGUUGCUCGACAUGAACUCAUCAAAGCUGAGCUACUUUCUUUCCUCAAGCUCCUUACUGUUACUGUAAAU